CGGAGCCUGAUCCCCGGCGGCUAAGCGGAGCAGCCGCCGCCCGCCCGCCCGCCCGCCUCCGCCCGCGGCAAGCCAGCCCGCCGGCGCCCCGGAGCGCUGCCGCCACCGUCACCGCCACCGCCCGGUCCAGGCCCAAGCCCAGGCCCUGCGCGGAGCGGAGCGGCGCGGCGUCCACCCGGGCCCAGCCAGCCGGCGCGGCGGGGGCGGGUCCAGGAUCUUCGGCGGAUCUUCCAUUCUCAGGGCGGGAGCCGGAGUCCGGGCGCCCGGGAUCGGGCUGGGCCCGCGCCCAUGGCAAGCGCGGCCUGUCCGGGCCCUGGGGACCCUGCCAUGUGAGGCAGGCCCGGGCUGGGGGCCCGGCCAUGGCCGGGGAACGGCCCCCACUGCGGGGCCCUGGGCCCGGGCCUGGAGAGGUGCCGGGGGAGGGGCCCCCGGGGCCGGGGGGCACGGGCGGAGGCCCGGGCCGGGGCCGCCCCUCCUCCUACCGGGCUCUCCGCAGCGCCGUGUCUAGCCUGGCGCGUGUGGACGAUUUUCACUGCGCGGAGAAGAUCGGGGCCGGCUUCUUCUCUGAGGUCUACAAGGUUCGGCACCGACAGUCAGGGCAAGUCAUGGUGCUGAAGAUGAACAAGCUCCCCAGUAACCGGGGCAACACACUACGGGAAGUGCAGCUGAUGAACCGGCUCAGGCACCCCAACAUCCUAAGGUUCAUGGGGGUCUGUGUGCACCAGGGACAGCUGCACGCUCUUACAGAGUAUAUGAAUGGGGGGACAUUGGAACAGCUGCUCAGCUCCCCUGAACCCCUAUCCUGGCCGGUCAGGCUCCACCUGGCCCUGGACAUUGCCCGAGGCCUGCGGUACCUGCACUCCAAAGGUGUAUUUCACCGCGACCUCACAUCCAAGAACUGUCUAGUCCGACGGGAAGAUCGAGGCUUCACCGCUGUCGUGGGUGACUUCGGGCUGGCCGAAAAGAUUCCUGUGUAUAGGGAGGGGGCAAGGAAGGAGCCAUUGGCUGUGGUGGGCUCCCCAUACUGGAUGGCUCCAGAGGUGUUACGGGGUGAGCUGUAUGAUGAGAAGGCUGAUGUCUUUGCCUUCGGGAUUGUCCUCUGUGAGCUCAUCGCCCGAGUACCUGCAGACCCUGACUACCUACCACGCACUGAGGACUUUGGCCUGGAUGUGCCUGCUUUCCGAACUCUGGUGGGGGAUGACUGCCCACUGCCUUUCUUGCUCCUGGCCAUCCACUGCUGCAGCCUGGAACCCAGCACCCGUGCCCCCUUCACUGAAAUUACCCAGCACCUGGAAUGGAUCCUAGAGCAGCUGCCUGAGCCAGCCCCACUCACCAGGACCGCCCUGACACACAAUCAGGGCUCUGUUGCAAGAGGGGGUCCCUCUGCCACGCUUCCCAGGCCAGAUCCCCGGCUUUCCCGAAGCCGGUCAGACCUCUUCCUGCCCCCAUCACCAGAAUCACCCCCCAACUGGGGGGACAAUCUGACUCGAGUCAACCCCUUCUCACUACGGGAAGACCUCAGGGGUGGCAAGAUCAAGCUCUUGGACACGCCCAGCAAGCCAGUCCUGCCUCUUGUGCCACCAUCACCAUUCCCAUCCACUCAGCUGCCCUUGGUGACCACCCCGGAGACCCUGGUCCAGCCUGGGACACCUGCCCGCCGCUGCCGCUCACUACCCUCAUCCCCCGAGCUCCCCCGCCGUAUGGAGACAGCACUGCCAGGUCCUGGCCCUCCCGCCGUGGGCCCCUCGGCUGAAGAGAAGAUGGAGUGCGAGGGCAGCAGCCCUGAGCCGGAACCUCCAGGACCAGCGCCCCAGCUGCCUCUGGCUGUGGCCACAGACAACUUCAUCAGCACCUGUUCCUCGGCCUCCCAACCCUGGUCCCCUAGAUCAGGACCCGUCCUCAAUAACAAUCCCCCAGCUGUGGUGGUGAACUCCCCACAAGGCUGGGCUGGGGAGCCCUGGAACCGGGCCCAGCAUAGCCUGCCCCGGGCGGCAGCCCUGGAGCGGACAGAACCCUCGCCACCCCCUUCAGCUCCCCGGGAGCCCGAUGAGGGGCUGCCCUGUCCUGGCUGCUGCCUCGGCCCCUUCAGCUUUGGCUUCCUGUCCAUGUGCCCCCGCCCCACACCAGCUGUUGCCCGCUACCGCAACCUGAACUGUGAGGCGGGCAGUCUCCUCUGCCACCGAGGGCACCACGCCAAGCCACCCACACCCAGCCUGCAGCUGCCUGGGGCACGCUCUUAGCAGUGGAGCCUGUGGUCUCAGGCCUCCAACUUUGGCCUUCAGGACACCCUGUAAGAACAGAGCACACUUGCUGGACAGUGCCAGUCCCAGAUGGGCUGACCGGCUCUUCUCCCCGUGUAGGGGAGCCCCAGCAUGGACUCAAGGGACAGAGCACUUCCAGUCGACCCCCGGCUCGCGUUCUCGUGGGGAUCACUGAACCAGACACAGCAUUGCUGACACAUGAGACUAACACGUGCAAUUAUUUAAAAAGAUUUCAAUAAAACUGCCUGGCUGGCUCCGGGCCGCCCCUA